AUGGAGACGCAUUAUGAGAUCCUGAACGUAUCGGAAAACGCAUCGCACGACCAAAUCAAGGCUCGUUUCCAGCAGCUCAUUCUAUUGCACCACCCUGACAGGAAUGGCAGUUCACCCAAUGACAAGCAAGCCCAACGUAUACUGGAAGCUUGGGAGGUGUUACGAGAUCCAACACGACGAAAGCAAUAUGAUGCCGAACUAUCAGCCCGACAAGCAGCUGUAUCCAAUGGAGAAGUCGAUUUGGAUGAUAUGGUCUACGACGAGGAUAACCAGAGUUUCAGCUUACGUUGUCGAUGUUCAGGCGUGUAUACCAUUACCGAGGAUGAAUUAGAACAAGGCAUUGACACGGUGUGUUGCGACAAUUGCUCCUUGCAGAUACAUGUCUUAUACGAUGUCCUUGAAGAGGAAGAACCCAUCCAAUCCAAACCAUAG